AUGUUCGCCUCAUCAGUCAGACGAUCGCUCGGGGGACUCAUCCCGCCCAAGAUUGCGACUCCAGGCGCGGUCUCAUCCGGCGGUACAUCUGCCCGGACCGCAUCAGUCAUCGAAUUCUACUCGAAGCUUCCCAAGGGACCCAAGCCCGAGUCGGAGCGUCCAGGAGGUCUCCGAGGCCGUUACUUUGAGGGCAAGAACGCUAGCGGUGCCCCCUUCCUCGCCACAAUUCUCAUCCUUUUCGGUCUUGGCUACACUAUCGACUACAACAUGCACUUGAAGCACCACAAGAACGGGCACCACUAG